AUGAAGCGUUUCUUCAGCAGGUCGCCAAAUCGUACAGAUGAAAGCUCUGUUCCAUCUCCCGCAGCGGUUCCUACCUCCUUGCCCCAUCCUCACUUGCAGCCGAAAUAUGUCGUUCCACCAGUUCCUCAUCCAGCCCCAUAUGAACAUGUAGCGCUUCUUGCGACAAAAGAAGGUCUUCUGAUGAGACCUUAUGAACUGGGUGCAGGGACAUCCUCUAUCCAUGGAGCCAAGAUUGCUUGGGGUCGAGGUGGAAAAAUUGAAGAGAUAUCUGUGGUUGGGGAGUGGGAAGGUUACAUCGUCGUCCACGGUAUCGUCGGUAUUCUUGAGCUCUUUUCAUCGUCUUAUCUGCUCGUUAUUACCGCCAAGACAGACGUUGGAAACCUGUUGGAGGAAAACCACUUAAUCUAUGGCGUUAAGGGCGUCAUAGCGAUACCACUCCAUGAAGAAGGUGCCCAUGAAAGGAUUAGAACGCUCGCAUCACGCGUAAAUCUGAGCCAUCUCUCGACUAGCCGUACUCUGGAUACCAUUCCUACCAUCUCCAAGCCAAGCCCUCGUAUUCAAUUUGCACAGACACCUAUCCCAGUUUCUGAUUAUGAUUCGAACACAGCCGAACAUACCCCACGUUCACGCUCUCCAUCUGAGGCGUCGUCAAUAUCAUCGGAGGCAUCUUCAGCGUCUCCAGUAAUUAAGGCCCUAGCUUCGCGACUGUCAUUUUGGAACCGGUUGUCCCCUGGAACUAGGGACUUGAAGCAGGCGAGCGAUGAUGUCUUCAAUCCAAGUCCUAAAGACGAGAAGGAUAUUUUGGAAGAGGGAGAUCCCGAAGAAGUGCUAGCUCAUAUCGUGGCGCCGGAACCCAUCUCACCCGAAGAACGACAUUCGGAGUUGGAGAGAAAGAUUGUCAAAGAGUGCGUGAAGGAGUUCACGAAAGGUGGGAUGUUCUUUGCAUACAACUUCGACAUAACACGAUCCAUGCAACAUAAACGCGAUCUCAUUGCUAAGACACAGAAGCAAAGUUUCUUACUCGCUGAUCUCAACGUUUUCUCGUCUCAUAAAUUGGACCAUACCGGAAAUGUCUCCGAGCCGAAUCCAAUGCUGCCGCUUUGGCGAAGAGUGGAUAGGAAGUAUUGGUGGAACGAGUGGUUGGCAAAACCUUUCAUUGAUGCUGGGUUGCACCCAUACGUUUUACCUAUCAUGCAGGGUUACUGCCAAAUAUCUACAUUUGAUAUACCAGAAGAUGGUGCUGAGGAUCCCGUACCUGUUGAAUAUGUCCUCAUAUCCAGGCGGUCGAGAGACAGAGCGGGAUUGAGGUACCAACGGCGAGGAGUGGACGACGAAGCCCAUGUGGCUAAUUUCGUGGAGACCGAGACAAUAAUGCAAGUCGCGAGAGAAGGAAAGAUGAAUACGUUUAGUUACGUGCAGAUUCGAGGCUCUAUACCCCUUUACUGGACGCAAACUGGGUAUGGGCUGAAGCCCCCGCCUGUACUCGCUGCAGAUCGGACGCAUAAGCAGAAUCUCGACGCUAUGAAGAGGCAUUUUGGGAGAACGGUGCCUCUUUAUGGACCUCACACAGUAGUGAACCUUGCGGAACAACAUGGUAAAGAAGCUGCCGUUACACAAGGAUACAGAGACUGCAUGGCGGAGUUAGCAUUACCUGAUGUACAGUAUCAUGAGUAUGAUUUUCAUGUCGAAACUAAAGGGAUGAAAUACGAGAACAUUUCGAAGCUCAUCGACAAGAUGGACAGGACAUUCGAGCAUCAAGGAUUUUUGUGGAUUUCGGAUGCGAAUGUUCUCUCGACGCAGAAAGGCGCUUUUAGAGUGAAUUGUAUUGAUUGCCUUGACCGUACAAAUGUAGUCCAAAGCGCCUUUGCGCGUCAUGUGCUUCAGACGCAGCUCAGGGCGGUGGCGUUGGUCGGUGGGACGGGGGAUAACGAUCUGGUGUUUAAUGAUGUUUGGGCCAACAAUGGAGAUGCUAUAAGCCGCGCAUAUGCGGGCACGUCGGCGUUGAAGGGCGACUUCACAAGAACCGGAAAACGCGAUUUGAGUGGGCUACUCAACGAUGGUGUGAAUUCACUAGCUCGAAUGUACACGUCUACGUUCAGCGACUGGUUCUGCCAGGCUGUAAUUGAUUUCAUGCUUGGGCAUCGAACGCUGAGCGUGUUCAGCGAAUUCUUGUUGAAAUUACAAUCAACAGAUCCGAGAGACUUGAUACGGCUUUCGAAGAUUAGAGCGGAGGCUAUAGCUACUAGUGUAGCGAGAGUUUUGGAAGAAGGUGAGAGGCUAUUGGCUGGAUGGACCAUGUUUGCGCCAGAGGAAAUGGCCGUAAAGGUUGGAGAUAAGUGGGAAGAGAAGGUGUUACUUUUGACUGCAAGAGCUAUUUAUAUUAUCAGUUAUGAUUAUACCCUACAGAAAGUGAAGAAAUAUACCCGCGUUCCGUUGGGCGACAUUACUGGUAUUACAAAAGGCACCUACAUACUGUCUCCAUUAGAAGAGGCGAGCAGGGAUCCGGAACAGAAUGCAGGAUUUGUGAUUGAAUGGUUGAGCACUCGGGAGAUCACACGCAUGACGAGCUACUCGAUGAGGAACUCAUUGGACUUGUUGGCAGUUUCGCCGCCUCUCAAAUCCAACAUGUCAUCGCCUGGGAUCAAAUACAAGUCCAUGACCGUAGGAUCGGGCAAGGCCAGCAGGGUAACGCUAAGCUCAAUUCUAGGGAACGGGCAUGCAAAUGACGCGGAGAAAACAUUUGCGGCACUCAAGAUGCUGCCUAUUGAUCCCACCCGGUCACAAUCGCAGAGCGCAAGCAGUGAAGAGGUCGAGAUAGCGGGGAGUUGUCGAGAAGCAGUGAAUAUGGUGGUUGAACGGAUCAAGCGAGCGUGUGAAGAUGUUGGCGGAGUAGAUAGUGGAUUCGUGAGAGAGGGGGACGUGGUAAGUCUGGCAGAGGCUCAGCGAAUGACGAGCAUGUAUACCAAGAUGGAAUAUGGGGUAAAGAGGUUACUCUGGCUGGGAGGUUAG